AUGGGGAGAGACUUCUACCUGCAUCUACUCCUGGCGUGUUUGAGCAUUGCUCAAUGGAACAGUUCUGCGCUCGCAAGGAAUUCCACCGGCUCGCAGGUAUCGUCUCGAUCUCGACACGGGAUGGGGAUCAAAGGACAAGUGCUUCACAGAUCCAAGAGAGGUUGGGUGUGGAAUCAGUUCUUCGUGAUCGAGGAGUACACGGGCCCGGAUCCUGUACUGGUGGGCAGGCUUCACACUGACCUGGACAGUGGAGGAGGGAAGAUCAGGUACAUCCUCUCGGGCGAAGGGGCAGGCACCAUCUUCGUCAUCGAUGAGAAAACAGGAAACAUCCAUGCCACCAAGACGUUGGACCGGGAAGAGCGAGCUCAGUACACUCUGAUGGCCCAGGCUGUUGACCGGAUAACCAACAAACCCCUGGAAGCCCCGUCGCAGUUCAUCGUUAAAGUCCAGGACAUUAAUGACAACCCUCCCGUGUUCUUGAACGGACCUCAUCAUGCAACUGUCCCGGAGAUGUCUAAUGUGGGUACGUCUGUGAUUCAAGUCACGGCCACCGAUGCAGAUGAUCCAUCGUAUGGGAACAGUGCCAGGCUGGUCUACAGCAUACUCGAGGGUCAGCCGUACUUCUCUGUCGAACCUCAGACAGGCAUCAUAAGGACUGCUCUUCCAAACAUGGACCGAGAGGCUCGAGAGGAAUAUCUGGUGGUUAUCCAGGCAAAGGAUAUGGGAGGGCACAUGGGCGGACUCUCUGGGACAACAAAAGUGACAAUCACCCUCACCGACGUCAAUGACAAUCCUCCAAAGUUCCCUCAAAGUGUGUACCAGAUGUCGCUGUCGGAGGCUGCCAAGGUGGGGACGGUGGUGGGACAGCUCAAGGCUAGAGACCCGGACGUCGGGGAAAACGGCAUGGUCACCUACAGCAUUAUCGACGGGGACGGAAAAGAUCUCUUCGAGAUCACAACCGACUCGCAGUCUCAAGAGGGAAUUGUCAAGCUGAAAAAGCUGGGCAUGGAUUACGAAACCAAGAAGUCCUAUUCUCUGAAGGUGGAGGCAGCCAAUGUGUUCUUCGACACGCGCUUCGUCAGCAGGGGCCCGUUCAAGGACACCACCACCGUCAAGAUCUCGGUGGAGGAUGCGGAUGAACCUCCCAUUUUCUCCCAGUCCGUCUACUUCAUGAAGGUCAACGAGAGUGCCCCGGCCGGCACCCCAGUGGGGCAGGUGCACGCCAUGGAUCACGAUCUGGGGCGAAGCCCCAUCAGAUAUUCUAUUGAGCAGCAGUCGUACAUGGAUAGAUUCUUCAUCAUCAAUGCCCAAAGCGGGGUUAUAAAGACCACAGAACCACUGGACAGGGAGCUGACGGCCUGGCAGAACAUCUCUGUGAUUGCAACUGAAGUCAAUAACCACAUUCACACAUCCCGCGCUCAAGUCGCUAUCAAAAUCCGUGACAUCAAUGACAAUGCGCCUGAAUUGGCAGAGCCCUAUGAGGCGGAUAUGUGUGAGAAUGCAAAUGCAGGAAAGCUUAUUCAGACCAUUAAGGGUGUGGACAAGGAUGAAAGUGCCAAUGGACCGAGGUUUACCUUCACCAUGGCACCAAAUCAAAAUUUCACUUUAAUUCAGAACAGUGGGCACACUGCGGACAUCAAGGUGCGCCGGGGAGCCAUGAACAGGAGGAAGCAGGAGGUCUACCUGUUACCGGUGGUGAUCUCGGACGGGGGCUCGCCCCUCCUCAGCAGCACCGGCACCCUCACCGUGCGCGUGUGCAGCUGCAGGGCUGACGGCAGUGUGCAGUCGUGCAACACCGAGCCCCUGACGCUGCCCGCCGGCCUCAGCACUGGUGCCCUCAUUGCAAUACUCACAUGCAUCAUUAUCCUCCUCGUCAUCGUGGUCCUGUUUGUAACGCUGAGGCACCAGAAGAAGGAGCCGCUGAUUGUCUUCGAAGAGGAGGAUGUGCGGGAGAACAUCAUCAGCUACGACGAUGAGGGGGGUGGAGAGGAGGACACAGAGGCGUUUGACAUCGCCACCUUGCAGAACCCCGACGGCCUCAACGGCUUCCUGCCGCGCAAGGACAUCAAGCCCGAGUUGCAGUACGUGCCCAGGCAGGGUAUCGGCGCCGCCCCCAACAGCGUGGAUGUCGACGACUUCAUCAAGGUGCGGCUGCAGGAAGCAGACUGCGACCCCACCUCCCCUCCCUACGACUCCAUCCAGAUCUACGGCUAUGAGGGACGGGGCUCGGUGGCCGGGUCCCUCAGCUCCCUGGAAUCGGCCAGCACGGAAUCCGACCUGAACUACGAUUACCUCAACAGUUGGGGUCCCCGCUUCAAGCGGCUGGCAGACCUCUACGGAUCUAAAGACGUGUGCGACGAUUCUUAACAUUCAGCACAUCAAACUGGCCUUAAAACUUCUACAAUAAGGAUAAAAGCAGAGAUGGAUCGCUGGACUUGGACUUUGGUGGGAUCGGGCGGAUAUUCAUUCUUUUUCUUUUCUUUUUUUUCUUAUUUUUAAUAUAUAUAUAUAAAUGCUCGAUUGUACUGAGCACAGGAACUGUUGAUGACGAUUCCAUCGUUUAGGUGUUGGACGUUUUAUUGUUUCAAAGAUGGAUACUGUGAAAUUGGCCUCGACAAGCCAAAAAUCACUUCUGUUUUCCAUUGGUCAUCUGCUUCCUCCUCUCUGCCUCCAAAUGCCCCUCAAACAUACUCAAACCACUCCCCCUCCCCACUCCCAUGUCAACAGGCAGCGAAACAAGAUGAACGAGUUUGCUUCGCUGAUACUGCUUCAACGAUUACGGGGCAAUAAAAGUUCCGAAGCUUUAAAGAUGAAAACAAAACUGAGGGGGAAGCGAGCAAAAAAAAAGGCAUUUCCACAGAGCCUUGAAACUCAUCAGAAAUGGAAGAUGCUGUCGGCAGCCAAGAUAAUAACACAGCCUUAAGUAAUGGAGUUAGUCGCUGUAUGGGACUUUUACAUUUGCAUCACCACUCCCCCGGUGGUACAUCUUGCUGUGACUUUGAAAGCUUUUGAGGGGCACAAAACUAAUCUGUCUUUGCAAAAACGAAAGAACGAGAUCUUAUACCUGUUUAAAUCUUGUAAACUUUUUUUUUGACUUUAAGUAUUGUGUUUAAUAUGUGUCGGGCACAUAAUCUGUUCCCAUCACAGUGACAAAUGCCUGAUGUCUAUGUCAUUUCUAUGUGUCGAUUUGUACAAUCUUAAAAGUUCUUAUUUUAGUAAAAAAAAAACAUGAAUCUCAACAAUACGAAACGCAACAAAAUGUUAAGGCAUCUCUAUUCUAUUUUAUUGACAAUGUACUUCCGCUUUAUUAUUGUGCUUCAGCUGGGAAAGCUGGGCUUUACAAUAAAAGGAUUUUUGUACGAG